GUAUCCCCUCCUCACCUGGCCCUUCGGUAGCGGAUAUCCCGGCGACCUGCCUCAGUCAAAUUUCGAGGGUUCAGACCAGCCAUUCGCCAUGUCUACGAAGACUCAAGAUUGCGCGCAGAUGAUGAUUGUGCAAGCAAACGACAAGUCGGUGUACCUUGCCGAAUCCGUCCACGGAGCAGGCGACAUCCAGCAACUCGAAACAGGAUUAACUACACCCACCCUCGAGGACUGGCCUGCACCCAUCAUGAGCGGCACUCAUGAAGUUUCGAGUGCGGCUUCUCAAGACAUCAAGCUCAAGAGUGAAUCACUUUGUUCCGACCUCGCACCUACGGUUGAGCAAACUCCUCCGGGUUCUGUUCAAUCGGCGCCUAUUCACAGUCUUGGCAGCCCGAGUGAGAGCAUAAGAGGCCGCAGUACUCCCCUCGAAGCCAGAAACUCCCCAGAUAAUCUCAACUCAACCUCCUCAUUCCCCUCAAUCUCAUCAACUACUACUUUCACCCAAAUUAUCGGGCUAGACGGAGCAAACGACUUGGACGAACUGCCACAUAAAGCUCCUUCACAGACCCCCGAAGCAGUUGUCAAGGUCGAGACUGGACUAACUGUCAAUCCCGAGCUUAACAUCGUCCCUGAGGCUGUUGUUGGCUCUGAGGCCAUCGCAGUCCCUGAAACCGUCGCCGAUACUGAGCUCAACCGUCUCUACCAGAUCUUAGGACGCGAGCUACUUUCUCACAUGCCUCAAUUACACACAAUGACCUUCGAAGAAAUCAAGGCCGGUCAAGUCGGCAUCCUUCCCCUCCGAAUGCUACUGGGGACAUUCAAGCAAUCCGCUGACCCCUCGCUCCGUGGUUCCAAAGUGUGGGUUUAUUUCAAGCUCCACGCCAUGCGAGUGAAGACAGCAUCUGCUCCCCGUCUGUAUCUUUGUGCUCUUCGCGAGGAUACUGGCGUCGCCAUCAAUGAAGACCUGAAACUUCUGGAUAUCUUCCCGCAUGUCGAAUUCGUCCCUAUCCUGCGCAAUCUCGAACCUGGUAAACCAGGCGACAUGCAGCUCAAAGCCGUUGUCAAAUUCUACUACAUCCUAGCGGCCAAUGCCAAACUCAACGGCUUCGAAAAGCACUUUAUGCCCAUCAACAACACUUUCACAGGGCAGCUUCGUAUUGUCUGCGAGAAACUAAAGGCGGACACCACCGGCGAGCAGCUACCACCCCGGAAGCGCCGCAAGAUGCACCAUUCCAUCGGCGAUCUUCCAUCCCCACCUAGCUCGGAAGACGCAUCACCAUCCAUCCAAAACUCAGGUGUCACACGCGCAAGCCGCCGCCUCCACAACCCGUCGACGGGUUCCCUCCCGAAUUCACCACCUCCAAACCCAUUCCGUCGUGCUCGGGCCGUCGAGCAAAACAUCGCUCCUCCCCGCAAGCUCGCCCUCGGCACCAUCUUACCUAGGAGCAGACCCAGCCAAGGCAUCAUCAACGAAUAUCUCAACCCGGACAUCGAACCGGCCGAAUCCGACGGCGACUCAGGCGAUGAGAUCCCUCCCCGCAUCCACCCCCAAAUCUCUUCGACCCUCUUCAACCGCCGCGAAAACCAACGCAUGAUCGAAUUCAGCCGCACCAACCUCAAGCAAGCCCACGCGAAGAAGGAGUCGGCGCGCCACAGGAUGCGUAGUCUUAAGGGGCGGAUCACGCGCGGCCUUGGAGACGUCGAGCGGAUGCAACGCGACUACCACCUUCAGGAGACCUGUGUCGAGGUCAUCGACAAGCGCAUCGAGACCUUCGAUGGUAUGGUCAAGGGUUUCGUGGAGUUGAAGAAUCGCCUUGACGAUGACAUCAGCCACAUUGACGAUGGCGUGAAGAAGGUUUGGGACGCGCUUCAGGCCCAGGAGCUGGAGUGUUUCUUGGAGGAGCAGGAGCUGAGGAGGGAUAUGGAGCGCGAGGCUCGUGAGGCAGCGAGGAUUAGGCGGGAGGAGAGGGGACGCGCUCUCGUUGCUGCUGCUGCUGCUGCUACUACUGCUAACGAGGCCAGCAAGGCCAAGGAGGAGGAAGGAACGGGUGCGGAGGCUGCUGUGGUGGAGGUCAAGGAGGAGCGGGCCACGAGCCCUGCCGUGGAGAUCAAGAAGGAGGAAGAUGUCGCCGUCGAGAGCGUAGAGAGUAUUUUCUAA